UGUCUGGAAUGGCACAAAGUGCAGUGAGUUACCCUCUCAAACAAGAUAAAAAAGCUCCUUCCUCCUCCAGUCCUCCAGUCCUCCUGGCUCCUGCGGUUCUCGCUCCUUCCUUUUCUCCCGAAAACCAAUCCUCCUCGCAUCGCGUAACGGAUUCCACACUCCUUCUACCUAACCACUCCUCACUGACACCUGUCCUCUACAUCCACACCUUUUUCUAUAUCUACGUUUAUGCCUUCCCGUCUUUCUCAUUUUCGAUUAACAUAUCCCAAAAUAACGCCUCAAUGAGAUACCAAGACCUAGCACCGUCCUUCAACUCUUUUCCCAAUCCUAAUAACGCUCUCAACAACCUUCACCGUCGCCACGUCGCCUCCCACACUUCCGCUGCCUUCCACGAUGUUGAUGUGUUGUUAUCUAAUGAUUUUUCUAGAAUGAGUGUUUUUCAUGAACAAGGAAAUCUAAAUGUUAAUGUUAUGGACUCACUCUCACGCUCACCUCACACACAAUGUUCCUCUGAUGUGAGGGGACAUGUUCAACUGCAGAAUGAGAAUCCAUUAUUUCAUGCUUCUAAUUGCAAUAAGAGAACAAUGGACUCUCAUGUCACAACUCCCUUUAUGUUAUCUCAACCCAACCGUCUUACCACAAACACUAACACUCCAUCUUCACAUUAUUUCACUGCAGCAACAAGCGACAGUGAAUUUUCCCACUCUAGAGGGGACCCUGUAAUAUUCCAAUGUGACAGUGUCAGUGGUUUUAUCAUGCAAGACAAGGAUGUCAAGUGUUGUGUUGGUGGUAGAGGGAGCGAUUCUUUGUUGGGUUGCAAUGAGGCUUUACCUUUUCCUCGACUCGUUUCUUCUGCCAGACGUGAAAAGAGUAGCAUUCUCGCGAGUCUCUCUCCUUGGCCCUUGUUCAACUUUGCUCCUUUGGCUAAGUUCCAAGGUUACAUUUAUCGCCUGGCCAAGGAUCAGAACGGUUGUCGCUUCUUGCAGAGGAUAGUUGAUGAGGGUACCUCUGAAGAUGCGCAAAUAGUGUUUAAUGGAGUCAUAGAUGAUGUUGUGGAGCUUAUGAUGGACCCUUUUGGGAACUACCUUGUGCAAAAGUUGCUUGAUGUGUGUGGAGAGCAUCAAAGGUUGCAGCUUGUGUCAAUGCUGACUAAAGAACCAGGCCAGCUAGUCAGAACAUCUUUGAAUACACACGGCACAAGGGUGGUUCAGAAGUUGAUUGCCACUGUCAACUCUAGAAAACAAUUUGUGAUGCUGAGGUCUGCCAUUCAACCUGGUUUUCUUGAUCUUAUAAAGGAUCUCAAUGGAAAUCAUGUCAUACAGCGUUGCUUGCAAUACUUUAGCUGUAAAGAUAAUGAGUUUAUUUUUGAUGCUGCUACAAAGUUCUGUGUAGAUAUAGCCACUCAUCAACAUGGGUGUUGUGUAUUACAACGUUGCAUUGAUUAUUCCACCGGAAAGUACCAAGAUAAACUGGUAAAAGAAAUAUGCAGACAUGGGCUUAUCCUUGCUCAAGAUCCAUUUGGAAAUUAUGUUGUUCAGUAUAUUAUAGAGAUGGAGGAUCCAAAUCUGUCAAGCAAAUUGCAUUCUCAGUUCAAAGGGAACUACGUAAACCUCUCAAUGCAAAAAUUUAGCAGUCAUGUAGUUGAAAAAUGCCUCAUGCAUGUUGCAGAGAGCAGGUCAAGGAUAGUCCAAGAAUUGUUGUCUUUUCCUAACUUUGAGCGGUUGCUACCAGACCCAUACGCUAACUAUGUUGUUCAACGUGCUCUCGGAGUAACCAAGGGUUCUCUGCAUUCUUCUCUGGUAGAAGCAGUUCGUCCCCACAAAAUCUUGCGCACCAGUCCUUAUUGCAAAAGAAUUUUCUCCAGGAACCUACUUAAUAAGUGAUGUGUGGUGGGCAGUUAGAGAAGAUAUGUUGUUGUUCUCAUUUGAGUUACUACUUUGUUUUUCUCCUAAUUAAACCCCUUUUAGCUUUAUGUCUUGGCCACUAGUAUAUGUUGUAUGUAUGCUUAUGUGUCUAUGUAAGAAUAUGGCACUAAUCUACCGGAACUGGAAACAAGUUUGAGCUAGCUCGCUUCGAAUCAUUCCAUGUGAUCCAGGGUCUGAAAGUUCCCAAGUUUUGUUUUCCAAAUGCAGGUUUAUCUUUCAUCAUUCUAAUGUUCUAUGGUACAUCCUAGAUAUGAUGCUAUUUUCCUAGUUUCUUUAUAGAUUAUGUACA